AAGCUACUCCUACCCCGCAUUGCGCAGGGGUGGGGACGUCGCCAGGGUAAUUAUUGUUUUAUCAUCGCCGCAUCUUCACCGCCCGAUAUCGUGUCCUCAAGCGCAGAAUAGAAGGCAGAUGUUGUUGAGGCUGGUUGCCAGGUAUUUUCCAUACUCUGUGCCUUUCCGCCCCCGCCCGACUUUGCCGGCAUGGAGGGCGCCGGAGAGGUCUUCAGUUAUAACAGGGAAGGUUUCAUGUUCGACAGGGAGCAGAACCAGAAACGAGAAUACCAAGGCCAGAACAUGCGGAUCGCCCAGUAUGAGAUGUACCGCCAGGACGUAGACGACCUCGUAAACCUCACAGUGAGUAAGAUGGACAACUACUUACUGGUAAACACUUUGAUGUUCAACUUUUGCAUUGUUCUGCUAACGGAAGGGAGGCCCAAGGCGAUUGCUCCCCCAGAGUGGCUUCUGUGGCUGUAUGGCAUGACAACCAUGGGAGCUAUACUAUACAUCGUGAUGGGUAUGUGGCUUGCCUUGCACGCAUCCGUUGCCGCCCAUUCGUUUGGCGCGAGGAUACUCACACAGUGUGUGAGAUUACCUGUGCCGAACAAGCAACAGUUGGAUGCAGCAAGGUUCUUCGCAACGGAGUACGAAGCCGGAGAUGUCAUCGGCCUUCAACAGGGCAUGCUGCGAUUGCCAUUGCUGGAACGCCUAAACAAUGCCAUGGAAGAACUUAUUGACACAGGGGAAGCUCAGGAGCCAAAUUCUAGCCAUCCGAACUCGGCUGGGAUGCUCGAGCAUUUUCGCAUUUUCAGACGGCUGCAAGCGAAUUGGCAGGCAUAUGAUGCUUACACGAGGGUUUGUAUGUCCGCUGGCGUCAAUCAAUUAAUUCAUGCCUUCAUCUAUUCGACCCUUGUCAUUUUGGUCACAGAGGCGAGCUCUCCCCUUCCAGCCUUGUGCUUCGCGCUCGUACUUGCAAGCUGCUCGUGGCUGGUCACCAGGCUCGACCUUUUUCUGUCACGGCGGAUGCUUGCAUUGGUCGGCACUUUUGUCGCCAUUCCGCCAGUGUUGGCUUGGGCAGCAAUCACGAUUCAAACUUGCGGGUUCACAGAGAUGCACGAUGCGGGUUGUCAGAAGAGAUCACCUCGGUAUCUCGUAGAUUUGCGGAGAGUUCUGGUGCCCGUGAUUUAUGUGUUGCACAUCGGUUGGAUCGUUCUCAUCAUUAGGUUUGGCAGGGCCCAGCAGAUCGGAGAGGUGGCAUUACCAACCGCGUUCCGCAGCGUUCUCUACCUCGAUGUAUCUAGUGGCCUCGGUUUGCCAUCGCACGAGUCGCGACAGGGCUCCGCUGCACCGUCUCGGCAGGUCUCGGCCGCCGAGGCUUCGUCGGUCCCCAUGGGCGUCGCCGUCUCGCGGAGCUCGACUGCACGACACCUGCUCGACGCGGUGCCCGAGGAGCCGGAGGUCGCCGAGCGGGAGCCCGAGACCCUCCUGGGCGAGCUCGAGAGCCAGGUCAUGGCAAGGACAAGCACAAGAAGGAGGCGUCAACUUUCGUCGGGUGAUUCUACAACCAGGAGCGUCAGCCCGCAUCGCAGCAUCAGGCCUCCGGAUGCCGUGCGCUCCUCGCUGGAGGAGAGCUGCGAGAGGCAGUUGGCCGAGCUGCGGAGGCACCUGGAGUGCUGGGAGACGGAAGCAGUCCAGGCCUGCAUCCGCGAGGACUCGCGUGACACUCAGGGGCAAACGUUUUGUGCUGAUGCGGAGUGAACGUUCCCCGGCCGCUGUUGAGACCACCCCCAAACAAUUGGUGAAUGAAAAAGAGAGUAAGCGCGAAAGAUCGGGGGACGCAUGGGCGAAAACGAUCUCCCUCUGUACUGGACCACCAGGAACCCUGGCACGCCUGAUUCUGGAUCGCCAAGGUCGUUUCAUGAAUUCGUUGUACUCCUCGCAGGUACUCUUCGUUUCAGGAAUUUGUUGUUUCACGCCAUGCGCAUGGAUAGGAGUAGGCUGUCUUGUCAGAGCACCUUGUAUGAAUAUUCAACCCCAGAGUGGUCUCCACGUUGACGCACGUCUCAUCGGACGAGGGGCUUCGGAACAGCAUGGCCGGGGAUUGCCAUUGAGAGGCUCCGGUGUCUUCAAGCGGCGAUCUUUUGGUAUUUGUGGAGGCCGUGUGGACUGCUGGGCUGCAGACAGCCAGGGGGAUGUCCAUGCGGAGACAGCCAAGAUGAGCCGCGGUGAGCUGUAGGAGUUCGUUCUGCUCGGGCACUGCUCGGAUGCGCACAGUCGCCGCCCGGAUGACGGCUGGAUUUCAGAGCCCCAUCUUCCUGUUCCUUCUCCUGA